UCCAAUCUCAUCUUGGGGUUGCAGAGAACUCAUAUAUAUGUGUUUCAUUCCAAAUUUUGUAGCCUGAUUCAAUUGAUACUAAAAAAUAUUUAUGCCUUCAUUAUUUUAACCCUUUUUAUUGAGGGUUACAUGUGAUUAUUUUCAUAAUUUUUUAUAGGAGCUUUUUAUUUUACUCAUAUAUAUCUGUUCUUGUAGAGGCUGGAGAGUGAUUUAAACAAUUGACAUGAACUGCUUAAUCCAAUGUGUAUUCAUAUAUUGUAGAAGAGCUACUAUUGCUAAUUAUGAAGUUCUUUCUUUUGAUAGCUUCUUUGAAGUGUUCCACAUUUUUGUAACUAAACUACCAUCAUGGUUAGUAGAUGGUAACAGAAUCUCUACAAAGAUCAAGAGUGCCUCUAGCAACCAUGAUCUUGAAAGAAUUAAUUGGAAAAGCUACCCCGCUAGAGCCUGUCCUAAUUGUGAAUUUGUGAUUGACAACAAUGAAGAAUUUUGGGACAGUAGCUGUAACAAGGUCAUUGAAUAUACAAUUGAAGUAUCCUUCAAAGGGCUUUAUUAGGUCUAUUCAAAUGGCAAAUAUCCAUGGCUUUAAGUCAACUGGCAACAGUGGCUCAAGAGGUGGAUUGAUUGUUCUAGA